UGUGUGUUUUUGCUGAGGAAGUUGUGCCAUGUUCAAUAUCACACCUGCUGGGCUCGUCUUCUGUUUGCUCAGUCUCACUCUCUGCAGGUGCUGGAGAUGCUGGAUAAUAUAACAGAAGGACGUCCCAGUGCACCUGCGACUCAUGCUUUCACAGCCCUCCAACAGACAGAGAGAGAAAACUGUUAUUAUUACUCUAUUUACAGCUUUCCUGCAGUGUUCAGUUCAGCUAAGCUGGUUAGAAAUCAGUGAUUUAUUUCUACAUAUACAGUUUACAUGCAGUAUACUGCCUUCCAACAACUGAACAAUCAUACGUUUCAUUAAUACAUCAAUAAACCUUAAGAAGUCUAGGACAUGAUAUGGCUGAGACAAACCAUUUUCCAAAAGGACAAAUGAAACAGUGCAAUGCAAGAGGAUUCUGGGCAGAUUAGGACAGGAACACAUAAGAUUUUGCAACGUGGGAGGAAGCUAUUUUAUAUGGAAACCUGUUACCUCCACUGAAAAAAAGACAAAUAAAGAAUAAAAAUGUUCAUGUGUGUGAAGACCAUAUCAGAAGUCUGGAUCCUCUGAAGUAUCCUUCUGAGUCUCAUGAUCAGGUAUUUAUAGACGAACUGUGACCUAGUAUUCAGUCAAAACUGGAUCGACGCAACAACAACACUUGCAAGGUAACGUGAAAAUAAAAUGCCUAAUAUUUUGGAAAUGUAAUUUUAAACUUUCACAAGUCUGAUAGCACAGCUAAAAGAAGUUGGUGUAAAUCGUAAGUGGUUUGUUUACUUUUUAUAUCUAGCCAGACACGCACAAUAUACUAUAUUCAUAGACUCUGACACACAUUAUUACAGAUUAUUAAAGGAUUUUAGCGUUUAGACUCGCACGUGGUGUUAUUUACAGUUUGCAAUCACGUGAGCAGCAAUAGUCACGUGCCAAGAUUUGUCUAUAACCAGCAUCUAGUAGGACAGUGUGAUGGAUUUGGACACAUCUGGAAGGGGUUUUGAGGAGGAUGUGGCAACCCAGCUGAUGAUCGAGAGUCUCAGAGAACAAGGGUUGGUCACGAGCCCUUUCUCCGGUGAAUCCUGCAGAAUCAUUCAGAUCACCCCUGAGAGAGAGAAGAUAUUCAGUGCAAUAAAGCAUGAUGUGUUAUCAGGUGAUGAACAGUCCCUCCGUGAGCUGACUGUCCAUCAGCAAGCUUUCUCUGAAGAAGACGACACAGACUACAUCCCUUUACACGAGGCUGCCAUACAGAACAACCAGAACAUCCUUGAGAUCACAUUUACCGCGUCUCCCGAGGAUGCCAAGCACAGAAAGACUCGUCAGGGUAAGACGGCUCUCUUCUUAGCAGUGGGGAAAGGGCUUUUGGACAACGCUUGUUUCUUGCUGGACCACGGCAGCAGUCCAGACACCCUGGAUGAAGACGAAGACUCGCCUCUCGUUGUAGCCAUAAGGAACAAUCACUAUGGCAUGGCAAAGCUCCUGCUAAACUUCAGUGCCAGAGUUAACCAGGAGGGGGCGAACCACAGGACGGCCCUUCUUGAAGCCGCCCGGCUCGGCCUGAUGGAUUUCGUGGAUCUGCUGUUGAAGUACGGAGCUCAUCCCGACCCCAGAAGCUCUUAUGGCCUGACGCCGUUAGCAUUAGCUGCACAGGCCGGACACCUGGAGAUCAUCCGAACACUUCUCCAGAGAGGUGCUGAUGUGAAGUCUCAGGCUCAGGGUUGUGCAACAGUCCUGUUUGAGGCGUCUGCUUCAGGAAACCCUGACGUCAUCUCCUUACUUUUGGAGUACGGCGCUGACGCCAACAUAACAACACCCAAACACACGGGACACCUGCCCAUCCACAGAGUGGCCCACCGCGGACACGUCAAGGCUCUGGCUCUGCUGAUACCAGUGACGUCGUUGGAUGCGGUGGAUGACAGUGGGAUCAGUCCUCUUCACUUGGCGGCGGCAGGUGGACACACUCAGUGUCUAGAGAUGCUACUAAAAGCCAAUUAUGACCCUAACUUCAUGCUGCACCCUUGGGUGCGCCUCAGCUACGACGAUAAGCGUCAGUCCGCACUCUACUUCGCCGUCUCCAAUGAAGACAUCGCCUCCACCCGAGUCCUGCUGGAAGCUGGAGCCAUGCCCAACCAGGACCCUGUCAAGUGCCUGCAGGUGGCACUGAGGCUGGGAAACCACGAACUGAUCAACCUGCUGCUUCGCUACGGAGCCAACGUCAAUUACUACUGCAGAGUGAACACCACGCACUUCCCGUCGGCCUUACAGUAUGCCCUGAAGGACGAGGUGGUGCUGCGGAUGCUGUGUAACUAUGGUUACAACGUGGAGCGAUGCUUUGACUGUCCAUACGGGGAGGGAUCACACGUCCCACAUGGAUACGAGGGAUGGAGUGACACCGUCAUUAAAGAUACGCUGUUCUGUGAGGUCAUCUCUGUCUCGUGGCUCAAACAUCUCUCAGGAAACAUGGUUCGCAUCAUGCUAGAUUACGUCGAUCAUGUGACCUUUUGCUCCAAACUGAAGGCUGCGCUCAUGGAGCAGAAACAGUGGCCUGAAAUCUGCAAAAUUCAAGGUUUGUUCAAAAAUCUUUAUUUGACUCUCUCUAUUCUAAUUCUAUUUUACCUAUUUGCUGACUUGAAUCUCUCUGUUUGUUUUCUUACUGCUUGUUUUCUUUUAAAAAAUGCCCCUAACACUAGCUUUCUCUAUUUUUUUCCUAUUCUAUCUACUUGUUUUCUUUUUGUUAUCUAUGUGUAUUAAGCGAUAGUGACGGCUCUGUGUAGUAAAUAGCGCUCCAUUUGAACUUCGGAGCAUCGCGAAUCAUUGAUUCAGAUCGGGACUUCGGAGCAUCGCGAAUCAUUGAUUCAGAUCGGGACUUCGGAGCAUCGCGAAUCAUUGAUUCAGGUCGGGACUUCGGAGCAUCGCGAAUCAUUGAUUCAGAUCGGGACUUCGGAGCAUCGCGAAUCAUUGAUUCAGGUCGGGACUUCGGAGCAUCGCGAAUCAUUGAUUCAGGUCGGGACUUCGGAGCAUCGCGAAUCAUUGAUUCAGGUCGGGACUUCGGAGCAUCGCGAAUCAUUGAUUCAGGUCGGGACUUCGGAGCAUCGCGAAUCAUUGAUUCAGAUCGGGACUUCGGAGCAUCGCGAAUCAUUGAUUCAGAUCGGGACUUCGGAGCAUCGCGAAUCAAUGAUUCAGAUCGGGACUUCGGAGGAUUUAUUGCGAAUCAUUUGAUCGGGACUUCGGAGCAUCGCGAAUCAUUGAUUCAGAUCGGGACUUCGGAGCAUCGCGAAUCAUUAAUUCAGAUCGGGACUUCGGAGCAUUUAUUGCGAAUCAUUUGAUCGGGACUUCGGAGCAUCGCGAAUCAUUGAUUCAGAUCGGGACUUCGGAGCAUCGCGAAUCAAUGAUUCAGAUCGGGACUUCGGAGGAUUUAUUGCGAAUCAUUUGAUCGGGACUUCGGAGCAUCGCGAAUCAUUGAUUCAGAUCGGGACUUCGGAGCAUCGCGAAUCAUUUGAUUCAAAUCGGGACUUCGGAGUAAUUUAGUAGAGACACUAUGACAUGUCCCUACCAAUAUCAGCCACUACUAAAUUGUUCCUAGCAAUCAUUUUGAUCAAACAAUGUCCUCUCUGGGAUGUCACCACCAAUGCCAAAAUCAAACCUACACUGCAAAAUGUAUGAACUCCUGUGUCAUGUGUCAUGCUUUCAUUUUUGACUAGUUUUGUUUCUUUACAGAGAAAGUCCGCUGUCUGCAGCAUCUCUGUCGGCUGAAGAUCAGGGCUUGUUUGGGUCGGUUGUGUUUGAGAGCUCCGAUCUUCAUGAGCUUCCUUCCAUUACCAGAACGACUGAAGCAAUACAUCCUGUACAAAGAAUAUGAU